UGUGACCCAUUUGGGAAACUUCCCGUUGUGUUUCUGUGUUGUGCAAUGUUACUUACAUCUAAUUGCACAUUAGAUUCAACGAUGUCCACAGUGUCAGCACAGUGACACCAUCAAGACAGUGGCUCCAGUCUUACACCCUAUCAAGGUCACUGAACCCUGGACCAUAAUAGGAAUGGAUUUGAUGGGGCCAUUUCCAGUCACUCCUCAGGGAAACAAUUAUGUCCUGACCAUGACUGACCUCUUCACCAAGUGGGUCAUAGCUGAGCCGUUGAAGAGAAAGACGGCAGCUGAAGUGGCAGCAGUGGUCUUGGACAAGCUGUUUGAAUUUGGAGUGGUGGAAAGAAUAAUCACAGACCAGGGGAGGGAGUUUGUGAACCAGUUAAAUGAGGACAUGUUCAAAGUCUUGGGUGUGAAGCAGUGCGUUACGUCAGCUUACCAUCCCCAGUCAAAUGGACAAGAUGAGAGGACAAACCAGACCAUCAAGAGGGUCUUGUCCAAGUACUGCAAUGACAAGCAGAAUGACUGGGACAGACACUUGAAGGGUGUGGUGUAUGCCAUUAAUACCUCGAAGCAGGCCUCUACAAAGUACACACCAUACUUCCUAAUGUUUAACCGUCAUCCACUUAUGGCGGGCACUCUUAACAAAAAGAUAGACACACACGGAGAUAGCUUUGUUGUCGAGAAUCCGGAGGUAGGCAUAGAUGAUCGUAUUGCUGAGGUUACAGCACUACGUGCAAAGGUUCUGGACAACAUUGAGUUGGCAAAGAAAAACCAGAAAAUUGAUUACGAGUCCCGGAAAAGGAAAAAUGUGAAAUCGUUUCACAUCCACGAAGGAGAGGAGGUUCUAAAGGCCAACAAGCGGAAGGAGGGACGCAAAGGUGGACGUUUGGAGAGCAACUGGACUGGGCCUUUUGUUGUGAAAGACAUUACAGAGAAAGGGCUAGCAACAUUGGUAGACAAAUCAGGCACCACUCUCUUUCAAAAAACAAAUGUCUCACAACUAAAACCAUACCUGAGGCGUAACAUCAGUCUUGAUGUUUAUACCCGCGACCACGACUACUGCAAAAACACUGAGAUGACAACUGCAGCAAAGCAGGAUGAAAAGCCAAGAAGCAUUCCAUUUUCUGUUGAUCAAUUCAAAGUCGUGGAGCUGGAAGAGGAACUGUAUUUGAGAAUUUUGAAUGAAGAAAGCAACGAGAAACGACCCCUUGUAAAAUUUGUGCGAUGCCAGGCCACAUUAGAGGAUUUCAAGACACUGUGUCCAGAGACGAGAAGUUUCCCUUGGCUAAAUGAUGAUAUUGUGGACUCAAGGAUCGCUCAGCUAUGUAAAGCUUAUGGCGGAACUGCUUUACAAGUCCACUCAUUCGUUCACAUGUGGAGAACCUUUACUUACAAGCAAGUUGUGGAAGACAGCAUAGUGUCUUUUCUGAAGGACCUUGAUGAGGAUGGCAUGGUUCUUAUGCCAAGGAUUGUUGGUGGAGACAGCCCAGAAAAAGGAAAUCACUUCAUUUUGUGGGUCUUGGAUGGUUUGGAGAGACAGAUUAGAGUCUAUGACUCUCUUGGGAGUUACAAGUCCAUUUCAAAGGAGGACAUGACCUUGCUAAGUGACACAUUCAGAAACACAUGGGACCUGAAGAACUGGACCGUGACAUACCCGGCACAAUGGAUGCAGUCUGACUUUAGUAACUGUGGGGUUUUAGUUUGUACUAUGGCAGAAAUGGAGCUGAGGAACAAAUGGACCUUAAUGAAACCAGAGGUCUUACUGGCAGAUGACCUGUGGCACCUUCGGAGAUACCAUGCAGCAUCUUUGGCAGCGUAUGCUGUUCAGAACAUAAUGUACAAGAGGACAAAGGAGGAAGUAAAAAGAAGAGGAAUUGUCUCUCUUGUCAGUGAUUCUGAAAUACAGGAAAUCUUCCAAGGCAUCCAGCAAGGUUCAGUAAAAUCAACAUGGAACAGAUGGUGGAUUUCAAAGGGUAGAAAGGCUGUGCCCAGAAGUUUUCAUCCUGCAAUAGCAUCAAAUAUAGAGGACCUCACAGAUAAGAUAUUCAGUGUUCUGUUUGAGGGCGAGAGGAAGUGUCAUGAUGAGGUUUUUCAUGUACUGCUUCCUGAGAUCACCAUUCUCAUCCUCAAAAGAACUGAAGGUUUCAGUAAAUUCUGGGCAGAGAUAUCAUAUCUUGUGGAGUGUGUCAUCAAAAUUGGUUAAUUCUGACAUGAAGUCAUCAAAGUCCUCCUCAACACAAAACAAAACAAGUCAAAGUUCUCCAUCAAAGUCAAAGUCAUCAAAAUCCUUCUCAAAACAAAACAAGUCAAAGG